AAAAAAAAUAUAAUACCUUGACAUUAAACUGACAUUUAAAAGUUCUAAUCGAAAGCUUAUCUUCUUGUUUACAGACACAAAGACCCGUUGUUCUCAAUUUAUCAAGUGUAACCUUUAAGUUGGACGCAACAACAACCAUGACAGCAUGACAUUUGACUGACAUUCAAAAGUUCGAAUCGAAUACUUUUUUGUUAACGACAUGGAUUAUAUAAACACAAAGACCUGUUGUUCUCAAUUUAUCACUAACCUUUAAGUUGGACACAACAACAACAGGUCCACUGGUCCAACUGUAUAAAUUGAAACGCACGUCCAGUUGGAAAACACAGUCUCAUCUAUAAUUUCGAAUAACAAAAGAAUGGCGCACUUUUCUGUAUCCUCACUUACCCAAGUUGUUUUGCUGUUGGUUUUCAUCUGCUGGACGCCGAGUUUGACUGGCGCUGCCUUUUCAUUGGAGGAAGAAUUCCUACAACUGAAGGAAAAUUACAUUCAAAUGAAACAAGUCGUGACAAGUUUGGAAUCGACAGUGAUUGAACAGCAGGCAAAAGUGACACAAUUGGAGGCCAAAGUUGAACAACAAGUUUCGCUUUUAACUUCCCUUUUACGAGAGAAAAAUGAACGCACAGCAGCAGCAGCAACCGACUCUGUUCCGAGUUAUCCAUCGGCUGUUGCCAUCAACGGACUGCCGUCUUCAUGCGGGGAUCUCAAAAUGAUUGGCCACAUUUGGAGCGGAUUUUAUUCCGUCAUGGGAUCGGCGAAAAUGGAAUCCGUUUACUGCGAUUUCACUAAACUACCUGAGGAUGCAGGUUUCCAGAAAUGGAUCGGAUUCGCCGACGUCAAAUCGGCGCCCGUUCAUUUUGACGCCACUCGUUUUCUCUCAUUUAACGAAAUUGCAACUCCGAUUCCGUUCGAGGCGACGAGGGUAAACGAGGGAAAUGCCAUGAAUGCGACAUCGGGGAUAUUCACGGCACCGCGACCGGGAACUUAUUUUUUCUCUUUCACGGGAGUGGCGCGUCUUAGAGAUUCAUCUGAUUUUUGGUGUUCUCUUAAAUUCAAGGGUAUUGAUAUUAAUAAUAAUAAUUGGAUUACCGGGGCGAGUUAUGUUGGAGAGAAUAACGGCCCCGUUGAUCAAGAGAGUCCGCUGACCCUCACGACGAUAGGGAAAUUGGAAAAAGGCGAUCAAGUCUGGGUGGAGAUUUAUUAUAAUAAUAGUACUGGUUCAUCUUCGUUUUUGCGUGAAGACAGUCGACAAUUCACCCAUUUCACGGGUUUUAUGUUGGAGGAAGAAAUUGUGGCGUCCCUUUGAGGUUCAACAUCCAAAAUCAUCGGCGACACGAACCAACAUGAAAGCGCAUGAAAGUCGACACCAUUUGGCCAUUUGACCACGACACCCGAAGACACCAUUUGGGGAAGAGAAUUUGAAUUUUUUGAAUUUUUGAAUUUUUGAAUUUUUGAAUUAAACUGUGGAUGCAAUUACACUUACUGAAUACAAUAACAAAUUUU